AUGGACGACAAGUAUCCCACCAUGCAACUCGGCAGCGGCAGCAACACAGGCUACUCCUACAACGUGACGGGCAUCGACUACUCCAACUCCACCAUCUCCCUCGCCGACCCGGAUGUCCUUGAUGAUGAUAGCUGCCCAUGGGUCGACCACAACGUCACCGUUUCGCCAACGCCAACCUUGUGGCUGAACCUGUCGGAGUACACCGUUGGUUACCUCUUCUUCUUCGCCAACUGCUCCAUCAACAAUCUCUCUGUCCCUGGACAACCUACCAUCCAGCCGAUCGCAUGUGCAAGUUUUGGUGUAGAUGGUUAUUCUUUUGUGAUUCCUUCGGAGGUGCCCCACCAAACUUUGUCACGGGAGUGCAAGCCAGUUAUCCAAGUGCCGGUGCUUCAGAACGCCUCCCUGACGAUCGAUUCGCAAUGGAGCACCAACGGGUACCGCAACGCUCUUAACCAGGGUUUCCAGUUGGGAUGGAACUUGAAUAGGAAGUCCGAGCUGUGUACCAAGUGCGAGGGAUCCAAUGGAGGGUGUGCCUACAGCAGAGUUGGGGAAUUUGCGGGUUGCUUGUGCACCAACGGCCAAGUGAGCGACCAUGAAUGCAGCAACGUUGAACUGCUAGUUGUAGCUUCAUAA